CAUCACCCCUUCUGGGCUCAAGCCGCCGCUAAAGCCGCCCACCCCACGGCAAACGGUCGCCCCGUACCUCGUCGCCGCCCGCCAGGCGGCAACGGAGCUUCAGUGGGGAGAGGAGCGCCGGCGGGCUCAUGACACGGCGGCGCCGGCUGGCGACCGCCAUGUACUGGCUGCUGGAGCCCGAGGUCACCAGCGGGCGGCUCUCCUGGGCGCGCGCCGCGGCCGUUGGCGCAGCCGUCCUCGCGCUCCCCCCCGCCGCGGCGCUGCUGUGGCGACGCCCGCCGCCCGGGCCCCCGCUGCGGCAUCGCCAGAGGCAGGGGGGCGGCGCGAGCCGCCAUCUGGAGCAGCCCGCGGAGGGUGCAGCCCAGCCCCACGAGAGCAUGCUGGAGGCCGCGGCGGAGGAGAUCAGCGAGAGCCGGGACUGGGAGGUCGUCGACGAGGGAGGCGCCGAGGUGUGGAGCGACCGGGACGCGGCAUCUUCCAAGGUCCGUCGGACGCUCCCGAAGUGCACCGUGUUCAGCGGCAGGCGGGACUCGCCUGCCGGCGCCGACGGCCUCGUGGACUGGGUGAGGCUCCUGGACGGGUCCGGCUACGUGAAGGUCGCGGUGCCGCGCAGCUCGGCCUUCGAGGACACGACGCUGGUGGAGGAGACAGAGGCGCACUACGAGGAGGUGCAGCACGGCUCCUGCGAGGAGAACGGGAUGUGGCCGAUCUUGAGUUCCGAGCUGUGCGAGGCGGCCGCAGAGGCGCUGGGCCUAGGAAGCCGAGCCGACUUGGUGCUCUCGACCGCCUCCGAGCCAGGCUGCUUCUACAUGCACGGCCAGAGCAGUGCGCCCGCGGCGUCGCCCAGCGGCGUCGCUCAGCGCCUGCUGGCGCUGCUGCGCGGGGGCGCCUGGCGCGGGCAGCUGUGCUCCUCGGCGCGGACGUGCCAUCCCGUGACGACUUUGACGGUCACAUCCAGCACGUCGACGUCUAGCACAGGCUUUUCCAGCACGGAAACGUCCAGCACGGGCACGUCGACUCAAGUCACGUUGAUGUCUGCCGCGCCUACAUCGACGACGCCCUUGUCCGUGACCUCAACGUCUGGGAACCGCUCGGUUCGCCACCUUACCCUGUUCUGCUGGAGCGUGGCGACUCCCGGGGGCUACGAGAUCGAGCUCGUCGCCACCCAGUAUCGCAGGGGGGCGAGCAUCUUCAAUUGCGACGACUUCGCCGUGCUCAGCGCGUCGGAGGGCGUGGAAAUCGGCCCCGUCGACGUGAUCAUGAUCCUGGACACAGACGGCGGGGGCGAGAAGGGGGUCCUGGACAACGGGAGGGUGACGACAAACUCGUUCUUGAACACCGAGGUCUUCAUUCAAGCGUGGGGCAUCGUCAUGGAACAGACUCGCGCCACGACCAUGGACUGGAUCGUCAAGGCCGACCCAGACACGGUGUUCUUUCCAGAGCGCCUCCGGCAGCGUGUGGCAGAAGACAUGGCCAGUGGAGGCGAGCCGGUGUUCUACAUGAACUGCAACAAAGUCUUCGGACCAGGCGACGAGCCGAGCAAGUUAUUCGGGUCUCUUGAGGUAUUCUCACAGAGUGCGGUGCGGACUUUCCAGAACCAGAAGCACCGUUGCUUGGAGGAGUUGGACUGGCACGGAUGGGGCGAAGACUAUUUCAUGAGUCAUUGUAUGGAUCACAUUGGCGUCGCGCGCGUAGAGGACUUCGAUUCGUUUUCGGACAACCGGUGCAAUAGCGCUCCGUGUAAUGAUGCCACGAAGCUCUCGUUCCACGACUUCAAGGAUGAGGGGAGCUGGUUCUGGUGCUGGGAGACGUCCCUGGGGGAGGGCGCUGUCGCGGCGUACGCCCGCAGGGCUGCCCAGAGGGAUUCCGGGGAGAGGGCGAAGACACGGACCGAUUCUGCAGAAGAGAAGGGGGAGUCGAACGAAAAAGAAGAGACCAGACUAGCUUGAGCGGGCUCCAGUACAGGGCCAAGGCGACGGAGGAGGCCCCAGGGAGGCGAGAGGCGACGCCCGGCUCCAGGCGCUUGGACCUGUCGCCGAGCGGAAGAUCAAUCAGAGAGGCGCACGAAGCUGCCAAGUGUUUGGUCCGUCGCCUGGAACACCCCACACACGCACACACGUAUGUAUAUAUACACAUAUAUAUAUAUAUACCCGUUGACUCUUGAUCAUGGCAUUCGAACUUCAGGUCAUCGCCACGUCCCCAGUGCUAGCUCCCAUGUUGCUGGGCACACGCUUUGAAGACAAACACUUGCACAAAGUGCGACAUCAAAUCUGCAGGUGAGCAUGUUUCGGUUGGUGUCUGAAGGAGCGUCGCGCAGCAACUCGCCGUCUGUAAGCAAAGCCAGUACUUUUGCUUCGUGCGCCAGCCUCCGAAAGAGUGUCGCAUUGCACCACAUCGUCUUUCUCUCUCCCUCUCUCUCUCUCUCGUUGCCGUCCCUCCACCCACUCAUGCACACUUUGCUAACGCAAUUCGCCUGGGCCCAAGGUGGCUCACAGGCUCCGGCCGGCACGCCGAGCUCCCCGCCCCUCCGGACGGGCAGGCCUCGAAUCAAGAUGUUUUCGUUCUGGAGCGCUCUGAAACGGCCGCGGCGCCCGAUACAUCCUCC